UCAUUCCCGUAUCUCUCAAAAGACACAUUGCUCUUGUGGUUUGGGAAAGCAUUAGCAAGAAAGUUUAAUAACACAUUUAGCAGUUGGGAUUCAAAAGCUGAAGAGAAACUGAUUAACAUGGUGGUGCCUGAAAUAAUAGAGGAAAAAGAGCGCAACAAGAGAAUCAUCAGAGACUUAUACAAAGCCAUAAUCUCCAAAGACGCGGACAAAUUGCAUCUCCUUCUUGCCCCAAACUUAGAAUGGUGGUUCCAUGGCCCACAACGUCAUCGCCACCAUUUGAUUCCGUUGCUAACAUGCACUUCUUCUUCAGCAUCAUCAUCAAACCCUUUUGUUCCUCAUCUCAUAGAAGAGUUUGGAUUGGUGAUUAUCGCUGAAGGGUACGAUAAGGUGAACAACGUGUGGUGGGUGCAUGCAUGGACUAUUACCGUUGACGGGGUCAUUACUCAGAUCAGAGAGUAUCUCAACACUUCGGUGAUUGUCACUAAGCUUAGGAAGCAUUUGGAUGCUGAUGAUGAUGAUGCUUGUUACUCUUCCAUGGGUCAUUGCGUUUGGAAGAGCAAGCUCGUUGAUGACUCUGUGCCUGGAAUUAUUCUUGCAAUAUAGCGGUAACUCACUAACUCCGCUAGGGGUUGCAGCAGCAACCCUAUCUAUGGUUGCCCAACCGGUAC